GGCUGGCAUCCAAUAUUAAAAGGUGCCACACAGCAUCCUCAGAAGGGCACCUAAAGACAUCAUGCCGGGCAAAAUUCGAACUGCACAGUCUGUCUCCCUUGACAUCCCAGCUGCAGACCAGCCUAAUUUGCAUAAUCGGUGGCAUCCCGAUAUUCCUACAAUCGGAACCAUUGAACCUGGCGAAACCGUAAAAAUCGAAUGCGUCGACUGGACUGGUGGCCAAAUCGGCAACAAUGAUAGUGCUGAGGAUGUACGCACUGUAGAUUUAACCAAAAUCCACUAUCUAACUGGUCCUUUUGAAAUCAAAGGUGCUGAACCGGGCGAUCUCUUGGUUGUAAACAUUACGGAUGUCCAACCUUUCGAGGACUCACCAUGGGGAUUCACCGGAAUCUUUGACCGGAAAAACGGCGGUGGCUUUCUCGACGAGCACUACCCAAAGGCUGCCAAGGCUAUCUGGGACUUUGAUGGCAUAUAUUGCACCAGUCGACACAUUCCUGGAGUGCGAUUUGCCGGCCUGAUUCACCCCGGAAUUCUGGGGUGUGCCCCGUCAACAGAAGUCUUGGCCGAGUGGAAUCGCCGGGAGGGCGAUCUUAUCUCGGCUUGCGUUCACAGCCAUCCUGAGAAGGUGGUCGCGCAGCCGCCGUUGACAGUGAAUGCGCAUGCUGGACAAGCUUCUGGAGACUUGAAGACGAAGAUUGCCCGCGAGGGAGCGAGGACUAUCCCUGGACGGCCAGAACAUGGAGGAAACGUCGAUAUCAACAACAUUUCGAGAGGAUCAACAACUUAUCUGCCCGUACACGUUGCUGGCGCAAAGUUCUCAGUCGGCGAUCUCCAUUUCAGCCAAGGCGACGGCGAAAUCAGCUUCUGCGGCGCCAUUGAAAUAGCAGGAACCAUCACCAUCAAGUUCGAUCUCAUCAAGAAUGGCGUUCAAUCGCGAGCCAUCAAGAGUCCUGUUUUCCGACCAGGCGACGUGGCUCCCAAUUUUGGCCCCGGGCGGUAUCUGACGUUUGAGGGCUUCUCCGUCGAUGAGAAUGGCAAGCAGCACUUUUUGGAUGCAACUGUGGCCUAUAGGCAAGCGUGUCUCCGCGCGAUUGAGUAUCUGAAGCAAUUUGGAUACUCGGGAGAACAAAUCUAUCUUCUUUUAUCGUGCGCUCCGAUCAAGGGCUCGAUCGCUGGUAUCGUAGACGUGCCAAAUGUCUGCACAACGCUGGGGAUUCCUAUGGACAUAUUUGACUUUGACAUUUCUGUUGAGGCCGUGCCGCAGAAGCGAGAUCUCGGGUCUUGUCCAAUUUCGAGCGUGUAAGUCAGCUACAGAGCUAGAGCAGAAAUGGAUAAUCGUCUAGCCUGCGCUGCACUUGCUUAUGGCAACUGGGCAACAUGGACUGCGUGGGCAACAUGAGGCAACAGUAACUGAAGUCAGAGUUGGCUGCGAUGAAGUCAAAUGCGGCAUACUUGAGAUGCGUCUUGGUAUAAUUUAAUAAAGCAAUUGUAAAAAAGUACACAGUUUUCGGGCAUAGAUACUCAAUGCCAAGACGUAGUGAUAGCUUAUUGGUGUAGAAUUGUAUCUGCCGUGUCUAAUACCAGAAACUUAGUGCCUUGGAACCCCUCAACUGCACAACGCUAUAUUCAUUCUCAUGAUGCAACUUGUU